AUGUGUCUGUUCAGUGGAGACCGGAUCCACUGCCUGGACAUCUUAUUUGCUUUUACAAAGCGGGUUUUGGGUGAAGGUGGGGAGAUGGAUUCUCUUCGUUCACAGAUGGAAGAAAGGUUCAUGUCUGCAAAUCCUUCUAAAGUGUCCUAUGAACCUAUCACAACUACGUUAAAAAGAAAACAAGAGGAUGUGUCUGCUACUGUCAUUCAGCGUGCUUACAGACAUUACCGCUUACGGAAAAAUGUCAAAAAUAUAUCAAGUAUAUACAUAAAAGAUGGAGACAGAGAUGAUGACUUGCCUAACAAAGAAGAAAUAGUUUUUGAUAAUGUUAAUGGGAACUCCAGUCCAGAAAAAACAGAUGCAACUCCAUCUACCAUUUCACCACCUUCAUACGAUAGUGUAACCAAGCCAGAGCAAGAGAAAUAUGAAACAGACAAAACAGAAAAAGAAGACAAAGGUAAAGAUGGCAAGGACAGCAAAAAAUAGAGCUUCAUUUUUCAUAUAUUGUUUACAGCCUGAGAAGGUGAUUUAUUUGUGUUAAUAAGACUCUUUUAAGGAGGUUAUGCCAAACUCUUUCUAUGGAAAUAGUCUCAAAGGCAGUGCAAUCAGUAGUUAACGAUUAUCUACAACAAGUGAACAGGACUAGCUGAUGGCUAUUUUUGCACUGGUAAAUGAUUCUGAAAGAAUUAUGAGUAACUCUGUAGGGAUUAUUGAUUGCAGCAAGCAAAGGUGAUUUACUUUUUUUUUUUUUAACAAUU